AAUUUUUCCGCCGCGCGACAAUUGAUUGUAGCGACGCCUCGCGCAUGCGUUCUAGCGGCGCUCGGGGCAAGCUGCGGGCGACUUCGACGCGCCUGGAAAUACGGAAUGACGGAGACGGAUGCAAGUUAGGUUUCUUAAGGAGAGAGGAAGACAGCGAUGAAGCUCGGCAGCGCAUUUCGGAACAUGCUUCGAGCAGCGGCAAGUAGGUGCGCGCAGCGGCACGCAGCGGUGCGCUUGGUUGCGCUUUGGAGGAGAUGUCACGUCUCCUGAAAUAACGGUGCCCACUGCGCGAAUUCAGUGCCCAUGUUUGUACAUCUCGGACGUGGAUUUGUUUACAGAAUUUCGUCAGAAUAAUGCCAGGAUGUCGAACUAUGGUAGAGAGCCGCACUCGCAGAGACGGGCGGUGAUCGACUAUGAGCGCCAGUUUCAGGAGGACUUGGAAAGGGCGCAAGCACUGAGCUUGGAAAGCCUAGCGCUGGAGAAGUUCAAGUUGCAGAAACAACAGCUGGAGUAUAGCGGUCAUGUCCAGAAAGCUUAUACUCCACAGAACAGUACCCAGGGAUGUAAUAGCAGCGUCUCGGAGGCAGAUGGAAUAUCGUCUGGAAAUGGAGACAGACAAUACCUGAGGAGUCGUCCCAGGCCGGGUUCCUUUAAUACGAAUCAAUCCAGGAAUGCCUCUAUUAUUGCACCACCGCCCAUUCCUUGUAGGAGAAAUUCAACGACAUCUAAUCAGGAACAGUCUGCGGACCUCAUCAAUUUCACCAGUCCAAUGAAACAGGAUAGCCUGGAGCAGUACUGUUCCACGGUACCACCUCCACCACCACCCAAAGCACCGAUAGAGCCCAGAUGGGAUACUCACCCUGCGUUACUGAGACGUUCCUCAAGAGUUUCAAGAAGUAACAGUUCAGCCGCAACAUACAAUUCACGUGACUUCAGAUACCAUUCGCCAUCUCCAGGACCCCGAUCUUCGACGGCUCCUUGCACUCCUGGAACUCCAGGCAUCAGUCCUAUCAUGUCGAGAGCCAGCAGUGUCAGUAGUCACGUGACAGAUUCCGUUCCACAGAUCCCUCCUUUGCCACUGAAUUAUCGGGCUGGUAUAAUAACACCUGCAAGUAGUGCAUCAACUCCGACAUUCCCUACAAACGAUGGGCAGCUAAGCGUUUUGAAAGUUAUCGAGAAGAAGCCAAACAGUAAUCUUAUUGACCUGAGUGCUUUCGAGCAAACCGAGGACAAGACUAACGUCAGGGUCAGUGUGCUGGAGGCCUUCGAUCCUUUGCUCGUCAAGACCGAAGAAAACAGUAGUAAUCCUAAGGAGUGGAAAGAUGAUACCGAGUCUCAUGUCAGUGGGUCAGUCUACGAUCCCUUCGACCCUUUCGAUUACAUGUACAGCACAAAUGAGAGUGUCAAUUCAGACCCGGUUUACGUGGCUGUGGAAAAGUCAGCAAAGUCUCCUGCUGUCUCACCUGCCGCACCACCUCCACUGCCUCCCAGGAAUUCCUCUGCAUGGAACACCAUCGAAAGGAGAAAAACGUCUCUGGAUCGAAGACAAAAGCGACAAACAAGGCUCUACGAAAAUGUCACCGUGGUAAAGACUAGAGCAUCGCUGCAUGAUUGUGAUUUGAAAGCUUUUCACAAGAUGAUAAAAUCCGUUCGAGGAGAAUUUCCCUUCAAUGAUCCUGGUACAAACAUGGGCCACAUAAUCAGCCCGAUGAUGGAGAACUUGUAUCCAGAGGGUACUAGCAUUAAAUUAGUAGUGCAUCCACAACUGCCUGGCAAUAGUCACGAUUCAAUUCCGCCCAUAACAUUUACCUGUGACGUGAAUUGCAGCGUCGAGCACGUUAUUCUUAACGUGGCGUGCUCUCUCGAGGACGAAGAUACGGUGAAUGUGGAAAAAUACUGUCUGAGAGUUUGGGGACUCGCCGAGUACCUUGCACCUAACACGACAUUAGCACAGUACGAGUACAUACAUCAGUGUAUUAAAUUGGAGAAGGAUAUCGAACUAGCCAUUAUGACCAGAGUACAAAUAAAGCGAUCCAUUGCUCGUACACUGCAGGACGAUAAUCGAGAUCAGUGCCUCAAACUGGAAGACAUACUUCCCAACGAGCCUUUGCAACCCAUCUCCUACGAUACAUUGAUCAUUUUACUGGAAACCGUGGAGAAAGAGUUAGAACGUGUAGAGACUGCCUCGAUACAGUUGGCUACCUCCAAUCAUAGUUCCAGUCUGCUGCCACACCUGCAACCCCGUGGAGUAGUCCAGGCAGUGAAAGCAGUCAGUGCUCUCAUGGGGAAUGUGGAGACUUAUGAGAUAACGGAGGCAGUGGACAAUUUUGUCAACGCCUGUUGCCAAUUCUUGCCGCAGAUCCACACGACCAACAUCGAAUGCAAGAAGCCAGAAGUCCUCCACGAGGACGGGGACUAUUCGGUCGUCACCCUGAGGAGGAAAUUUCCCGACGUGAUAGGGACGCAUUGCCACAAGAUCAGGGACGCGAUACAGGACCUGGUGGAAACGUACUGUCACGCCUUCAGGGUGGACUUCCAACUAAACAGCCGGGGAGAAUUUCCAACGAAUACGUUGGUCUCCUCCGAGGUGAUCGACACGGUCCUCGUCAGGGUAGGAUCCGUGCACCGGUUACCGGGAUCCUGGAAACAUGACGACUAUAUCGUGGCAGCUCAGAUAUUCCAUGGCACGAGACCCGUUGGGAACCCAGUUAUUUCCGAACCCAUGACGGUCAGCUGUAACUUCUACUCGAGGAUCUUGUUCAACACCUGGUUGGAGUUCCACGGCAUCAGCGUCUGCCAAGUGCCCAGAGAAGCGAGACUAGUUUUAGUGCUGUACGGUCGCACCUUGCAGCCCACGGAACACGAGUCGAACUCGAACGAGGGAGCCAUGCAGAAGGAGGAACUUGGCUGGGGAGCCAUACAAUUUUUUGAUUACGAUGGAGUGAUAAGCCAGGGAAGCUUCUUCCUCUCCUUGUGGCCGGCGAUUGCGGAUAAGAGACUGGGUCCAGCACCGGCGCCUGGGAUCCAUCCUCGAGGAGAUGCGUAUCCCAUCAUAGGUCUGGAACUCCCAGACUAUGGGGGAAAGGUGCUGUUCCCCACGGAACUCCGAGACCAUGAUGUAGAAUCCUUGGACUUCAAUUCGUUGGACCAGAACACUCAGGAACUGCUGAUAGACAUCACGCAGCAGGACACGUUCUCGAGACCACCCGUUGACGAAAGGGAGAUCCUCUGGGAGAAGAGGCACUACUUGCACGACAGACCAGAAGCUCUGCCGAAGGUUUUGCUCGCAGCACAUAGCUGGGACUGGGCUUGUCUUCCUGAUCUUCACGCGUCCCUUCGAGUCUGGAGUCCACUUCCGCCUGUUCAGGCGUUGCAAUUACUUCUACCGUGCUUUCCAGACAUGAAGGUGCGAGAGAUGGCCGUCAGCUGGAUCAGAGAGCUGAGCAACGACGAGCUCAUAGACUACCUGCCGCAGCUGCUUCAAGCCCUGAAGCACGAGACCUACGAAGCUUCACCGUUGGCGAGGUUCCUCCUGGAACGUUCCCUGCUCUCGGCCAGGGUGGCUCACCACAUCUAUUGGCUCCUGACUCAAGCACUGCCGGGACAAAGUCCCCAGGUACAGAACUCUCCGGAAAAUUCCCCGGAUGACGAUAAGAGCAUCAGCUCUUCUCGAUACCACAGAAGGCUCCAGCUGAUGUUGAGAGCACUUCUGGCAGUGAUCGGUGAAGCCCUGAGGAACAGCUUCCUCGCUCAGCAGCUCCUAGUGAAGAAUCUUCACGAGGUCGCGGAGAACAUCAAGACUACCAAAGAGUCCCUGCGAGUGGAGGCGCUUAAAGUCGGACUGCAGAAUAUACACGGACAGCUUACCGAGGAUGACGGAACGUGUCUACCUCUGUCGCCCAGUAGCGAAGUUUUCGGCAUUAAUGUCCAGACCUGCUCGUACUUCCCGUCUUUCACGUUGCCGUUGAAAAUUAACUUCGUCGGCUGCGACAACGUCAUCACUCCUGCAAUCUUCAAGGUCGGCGAUGACCUUCAGCAGGACAUGCUCACUCUUCAGAUGGUCCGCAUAAUGGACAAGCUUUGGCUGAAGGAAGGCCUCGACCUAAAAAUGGUGACUUUUGCCUGCGUACCCACUGGCCAUAAGAGGGGCAUGAUCGAGAUGGUUACUAAUGCGGAGACCCUGAGGAAGAUACAAGUUGAGUUUGGGUUGACCGGUUCCUUCAAGGACAGACCGAUCGCCGAGUGGCUGGCCAAACACAAUCCCUCGGAGUUAGAGUACGAAAGGGCUGUCGAGAACUUCACCGCGUCCUGUGCUGGCUACAGCGUGGCUACCUAUAUUUUAGGUAUUUGUGAUAGACACAACGACAAUAUUAUGUUAAAGACCUCGGGCCAUUUGUUCCACAUCGACUUUGGCAAGUUCCUGGGAGACGCGCAGAUGUUUGGGAACUUCAAACGGGACCGGACUCCAUUUGUAUUGACAUCCGACAUGGCGUAUGUUAUUAAUGGCGGGGACAAGCCUUCUGCAAAAUUCCAUCAUUUCGUGGACCUGUGCUGUCAAGCCUUCAAUGUUGUUCGGAAGCAUGGUAACCUCAUCCUUCACCUCUUCGGACUGAUGACCUCUUCCGGCAUCUCCGGGGUGACAAUGGACGCGGUCAGUUACGUGCAGAAGGCUUUGUUGCCGGGUCAGACGAAUCCGGAAGCCGCUGCGACCUUCGCUCGCAUGAUCGAGAGCUCCCUGAAGAGUUGGUUCACCCAGUUCAACUUUUUCCUACACAACCUUGCACAAUUGAGGUUCACCGGGGACCACAACGACGGGGAGCUGUUGUCCUUCAUUCCUCGCACGUACACGAUGCAGCAGGAAGGCCAGCUGACGAGUGUCCAGGUCCACGGCUACCAAAAGCGGUACGACCCUGAAAAAUAUUACAUGUACAUUUUACGGAUACAGAGGAAGGGACACGCGGAUCCUACCUAUCUCUUUCGCUCGUACAAGGAGUUCUGCGAGUUCUACCAGAAGCUGUGCAUACAUUUCCCUCUAGCGAAGGUGGCAAGCCUGCCGAGCGGCAUCAGUGUCGGCCGUUCCAACAUAAAGCAAGUGGCGGACAAACGUCGAGCAGAUAUCGAAAAGUUCCUGUUAAGUUUGUUCAAAAUGGCUCCGGAGAUAUCGCAAAGCGAUCUAGUCUACACGUUCUUUCACCCACUGCUGCGGGAUCAGCAGAAUGCGGAUAUACACUUGCGUAAAGUUAAAGUUGGUAACUGGUGGGCGGAGAAGAGGGUGCGGGAAAACGUCCAAAGUGGCCAGAUCAAGUUGUCCCUUCACUAUUCGCGCGGAACGCUCUCGGUAAUGGUCCACCAUGCGAGAGGUCUGCCCAAGGUUGCGAAUGCUCAGGAGCCGAACACCUACGUGAAGGUUUACCUCAAACCCGACCCGACGAAGGUGACCAAACGGAAAACGAAGGUCGUCAAGAAGAACUGUCACCCAUCCUUCAUGGAAAUGUUGGAAUAUAGAAUGCCACUAGAGGUGAUAAAGGAGAGGACGUUGGAGGCCACGAUUUGGAAUCACGAUACCCUCCAAGAAAACGAGUUCCUCGGUGGCAUUCGACUGCCCCUAGGUCGUCUCGACUUGACCAACGAGACGAUCGAGUGGUUCCCACUGGGAAGCGUUCGAUGAGCUCCAUCGGAAAUGGCUGUGUCGAGGACUAAGGAAUAAUUAAGAGUUAGCAUAUGUGAUGAACCCAACGAGGGGCUUGAGUAUCAAUUUUCGCCGCACAAAGUUUAGGAUUCCCAAACGUAAGGUUAUUAGUCUCUUUAUAAGGAACGGUACCGUAAAGAGAUCGAGAUCGAAUUUUGCAUGGUUUUUCAACUCUGGGUGUCCAAUCUUGAUCAAAGAAUCGGUAUUAGGAAUGAGGGUAAUACCAAUCGUCACAUAUCAAUGUGAUGCAGAGAUAAACGUUCUGACCGCCGUGGAAUCUACAUGUAGAUUUGAGAAUAGCGUUAACGAAACUACUGAGGGGUCGCCCGUUUUUACAAGGAUUUUUUAACUUGAUCAUAAACUGUACUUUAAGAGAGGGUUAGCAGGAAUUGCGCAAACGGAACCGAAAAUCACGCGACGGGAUAUCCGCCAUCUUGGAAUUUGUGAUCGUCGCCUCUUCCUUUAAAUUUUCUACCUAACUCUUUUUAUUAACGUCGUCUAGUAAGUACGUUUAAUUCGACUUUGCACGUCUAUUUGUGAUUAGGAAUCGAGGAAUGGUUUUGAACGCUUCAACGCGAUGUUUCUUUACGAUGUCGUCGUAAAUUCGUAUCGAAUACUCGAGUCAUAGAUUCCGUUCAGAGCCGCGAACCGUAUGAAUUUGUAUAAUAGAAUUUUUGCAAUCAUCGGGAUUGCGUGGAGGCAAAUUGAUUUGUACAGAAUUAAGAUUCGACCUCGGCGAGAGUUGCCCAAUCGUGUCGCGAUCUACCAUUAACAUUAUUUUUUACACAGCGCGUUCAUUUUUUAUCGCCCGGUAUUGCCGCACUCGUUAGAAAAAUGGCGACGCGUUUAAUCGUACCAAGGAACCGUAGUCAUCGCCUGAUAAAUAUUUAUUGCAGAACGUAUCCCUCGAAAAGUCUAAGUGCAAAGUCUUAUUGCUUUGGCACUAAUUACCACGAUAUUUAUCAUUUACAUACGCUCCCGCGGACUAGUUAAUGCUUUGAUUUACACUUUUCGUUAUACAUACGUCGGUAUACUAUAAUUUUUCCACAGUAUCUAUCUCUAGUGUUAAUUUAUUUGUAAUCGUCACCAUUAAACGGUUAUUUUGACUACAGCGCUUCUUCUUUUUUCGUUUUGUUUCACUGGAAUCGGGAAAUCGGCGCUGAGAAACAAGCAAUUAAUUUAUUUUUCUCUCCAACCUUACGGGUGGUGUCGGGGAGUUACUUUAAGAGCAUGCAUGAAGUCCGGUAAUACUUAAUGGAAUCAUCAGUAUGUAUCGUUGCGUAGAACACUCGUUCAAUAAAGCAUGUACAUGUCAAAGCAA